AUGGAGUUACGAACCGAAAAAGGGAUUCCAUCAAACGAUGCAAUAUCUUCGAGUCAAGAACCUCAGUCGUCCCCACAAAUUCCAGCAGUUGUUAAACCACGGCGUGGAUCCAUAUUUGUUUCAGCACUUGCAGCGGAACAACAUGGCGCAUCAACUUUAUCGACAGAUAAUGCAGGAUCGAUGAUUGUUAGAUUGGGUCGAUCUAGUACAGGUGGGGCAACUGUUGCAACUAGUACCAGUUCACCAAGUACAAAUGGAAUAACUGGAGUCUUACCAGAUUCAUCCGUUGAAGGUGUGAUUGUGACACCAUUCGCUCAAGUGCUUGUUAGUAUGCAACGAAUACGGAAUGCAUUUAUCAGGUUGACCGCUGCUCAAGUAUCAAAUAGAUAUAACAUCACAACCGUAUUUGAUUCGGUUCCAACUGGCAAUCUAGCACCAGAUAGUAGUGAUUAUAAAAUAAUCGCAAAUGAAACACUUGAAGAAUUGGAAUGGUGUCUCAAACAAUUGGAAAAUAUUCAGACAAAAAGGCCUGUCUCUGAUAUGGCUUUUUCAAAAUUUAAACGUCUACUCAACAAAGAGUUGAAUAGUUUUGGUGAAGCUGAUAAGUCUAGACAUCAAAUAUCUGCCUAUAUUUGUGAAACAUUUUUAGAAACUGAAAAAGACGUUGAAACCAAUGAAGAGAUUGAUUCUAUGCUGGAAAGACGACGUAGUAGUGGUCAGUCGCACAAUUCAACCAGUGGACAAGAUACGAAUACUACAAGUAAAAGACAGUCUUCAGGAACUUGUGAUUCAAAUGCUAAUGUAACCAAUACAAGGACACCGGAUACUACUUCUUCCCUUUCCUCAUCAGUUAUAAAGACAAGAUUAGGAUCAACUGGAAGUAUGUCAACUGAAUCUCGUAAAAGCGCUCAACUAAAUGAUUCUAGUGGCUUGUUAACAACAAAAAUGUCAUCCAGUUCAAAGUCAACUAGUCAAAAUGUAGACGAUGGUAAUGGGCCAUACCUACCAAUUCAUGGAGUUGAAACGCCCAAUGAUAAUGAGUUAGAGGAAAGAUUCUCGCAGUGUUUGGAUGAAUGGGGUUUAGACAUCUUCGAAAUUGAUCGACUUUCUAAUGGACAUGCCCUUACAACAGUUGCUUAUAGAAUAUUUCAGAAACGUGAUUUACUCAAAACAUUUUGUAUUGAUCCUCGUGUUUUUGUACGUUAUCUGUUAAGAGUUGAAUCAACUUACCAUGCUGAUGUUCCUUAUCAUAACUCAAUGCAUGCAGCCGAUGUUCUUCAAACAGCACAUUUUUUGUUACAAGCGGAAGCAUUAGACGAUGUUUUCAGUGACUUGGAAAUUUUAGCUGUUCUGUUUGCCGCAGCUAUACAUGACGUAGAUCAUCCUGGAGUAACUAAUCAAUUUCUAAUCAAUACUGGUCAUGAAUUGGCUUUACAAUAUAAUGAUGCAUCCGUUCUGGAAAAUCAUCAUCUUUAUAUGGCAUUUAAAAUUCUAACCGAAAAAGACUGUGAUAUAUUUGCUAAUUUAGGUGGAAAAAAACGUCAAACUUUACGUAGAAUGGUUAUAGAAUUGGUGUUAGCAACAGAUAUGUCUAAGCAUAUGAGUUUAUUAGCUGAUUUAAGAACAAUGGUUGAAACUAAAAAAGUUUCUGGAUCCGGUAUGUUGAAUUUGGACAAUUAUGCUGAUCGUAUACAGAUAUUACAAAAUAUGAUUCAUUGUGCUGAUCUUAGUAAUCCAGCUAAACCAUUACGAUUAUAUCGUAAAUGGACUGGACGUUUAAUUGAGGAAUUUUUCAGACAGGGGGAUAAAGAAAGAAAUUUAUCAUUGGAAAUUAGCCCAAUGUGUGAUCGUGAAUCUGUAGAAGUUGAAAAAUCUCAGCUUUCUAGCAGUGAAAUUGAAGGAGAACUAGUGUCAAGAACAACCAAUUCGCCUGAUUGCAGUUGACAGAAGACUGACUAAGUGGAGAAUAUCAGAACUGCCCAGAACUAUUUUAACAAACACAACAGUAUUAUUUUCAAACGCCAAAAUUCAAAUAAAUAAUAUUUCCAAAUGUUGCAAGUCAGGUGCCAGAUACUUAAAUUCUAUAAAGUUUAAUUUUAGCAAAAAAGCUUCGUAAUACAAUGAUCCAGAUCAACCACCAAGUAAUUAUGGCUACCCAAGAUUGUCAGGACAAAGAUUAACAAAUUUACAAUCAUUUUGUUUUCAAAUGGAGUUUAUUAAAAUACAUGUCCAUGAUUUGGUUAGAGAUCAAAAGGCUAUCAGUUCCCUGAUGAUUGACAAAUCUAUAUCCGUUGGUUCAUAUUUUCGAUUUCGUAUAGUUUUUGAUAUAGAGCAGAGAUCAUCCAAUUCAAUUUGUGCCAAGUCUCUCACACCUGAUGUAGUUUAAUUUUGUUUUUAAAACGUCUUGAACAUCACAAACUCAUUUCUAAAUUAGUUACUAAUUAAUAUAUGAUUACAGUUUGUUUUGAAAGUUAUGGAAGUUUUGUCUAAUUUCCGUCACAGAUUGACAACUGUUGAAGUAUUAUUUAUCAGCAAUAAAACCUCAUAUUUACCUAGAUAACCAAUGUGCUUGAGUCAGUUAAUCAGAACGAUUAUCUAAUAACAGUGUUUUACUGAACGAACAGAAAAUUGUCAUAAAAGAAAACAGAAUUAUUUUUAACUUCUUAUUUAUGAAGUACAACUCAGAAACAAUAAGAAGUUUCAGUUAAUAUAAAGAGCCAAUAUUGAACAUAACAAUAUCGAACUAUUUUGUGUUAGUUUCUGUGUUUCAUAGAAUGAAACGUUGUCAAACUCAUAAAAUAACAUUAUUUCUAAGACUUAAUACAAUGCAAUAAAAUGAUGUUGUGGUGUGCACUCCUUAUGCGGACAGACAUAAGUACUAUAUAGCAGGAAUUGGGAGUGGAAUGCUUACCAGCAGGAUAUUAUGUACAGAGAAGAGGAAGGAAAACAGCUAGCAAACGGAAUAACAAGAGAAUUAGAAGAAUGAUGAAGUAUGUAAAGGACAACUGAAAGAUGUGUAGAUGAUAUAUGUAAUGUUUGAUUUUCAUAAUUUACAAAGGCGCUGUGUAAUUUUGCAUUAAAAUAUAAAUUGGUUUACAUCAUCAAGUCUUUAUUCUCUACAAAAUGAAUUACAAGGCUACAGUUAGUGUUUUUUGAAGCCUAAAAUAUUUAAAUGGAAUAUGCGGAAUAGCCACUGCAUUUGUAAUUAUUUUAAAUAAUUGAAUUCCAAUGUAAAAACUGAUUAAUGAUAUACAUAUUUUCAAUGAAAAUGAUGUAGUACAAUUAUUUCACAUUUUUCAACGCUACUCGAUUUAUUGUAUAAUUUCAAUUGAGACCAUGAACUAAUCAAUGUUAAACCACCAACGAAAACGUGAAAGCACUAGAUGAUCGUUUUGUCUUAGUAUAGGACUCCUCAACAAUGUGUAUUCGUACUAGAACAAAACAGCCAUUUAGAGCUUCCAGGUUUUCAAUGGUGACUUAACAUUGAUCGGUUCAUGAUCUCAAUUAAAACUCAACAAUCUCCACAAUCCCAUAGUGAUAAUAUAAUAUUUGUCGCAUCCCAAUCACCGAAUAGACAAUUGAUAGAUAUUUGAUUUGCAAUCUAUAAAUAACUUCAAGUUCAUUCUGAACUCUACACCGAACUAUUAUGAAACUCUUUGUUCAAGUUCAAAUGAAAAUCUUUACAAAGUUCCACUUUACGUGGUACUAUAAUUUCCUCCUUUAAAACCUUCUUUUUUACAAUAUCUAUCCUAUUUUUUCUAUUUUUAGGUUAGUUUCAUUGAUUUUGUGUGUCACCCAUUAUGGGAAACAUGGUGUGAUCUAGUACACCCCUGUGCUCAGUUAAUUUUAGAUACAUUAGAAGAUAAUCGUGACUGGUAUGAAUGUCAUAUAAAAGAAUCCAAAAUAAAAGUUACUCAAUUAGCUCGACCAAAAUUAGCUACUGCCGCAGAAGAUGAUGAAGAAAUUUCUACAACUUCAGGAAAUACAUAAGUUUUAUUAGUCAAUAAUUAUUGAGAAAAAGAUGAGCGGGAAGGGGGCAGAUGAAAUUAAAUAUAGGAUGGCAAAUAAUAUACAAAAAUAAUGUAAAUAUUCAGAUAAUAUGUCUUUUAACAAUCUACAUUACACUAAUAUCCACCCAACCAAAAUGAAAUAAGGAUAAUUGUCAAAUAUAUUUAUUGAUAAUAAAUAUUUUUUACAUUAGAAAAAUAAUAAACGAUAAUCAAUCAAAAUAUCAUUAACUUUCUAAUGUAGGAACCAUUCAUAUGAUUAUAAUUGUUAUUGAUUUUGACGAACAGACGAAUGAAAAACAAAGAAGUGUUUUAUUGAUUAUUCAAUUAUGUCGUAUAAUAUAUUUUCAUCUCUUUGAUUUUCCUGAUAUUAUCUAACUAUUUAUUCAUGCAUUCAUUCAUUCACUUAUCUAUUUUACCUUUAUUUAUGGAUAUAUAUAUAUAUAUAUAUUAAACAAGAUACUUAAAUGAUUCAAUAACGUUUAAUACAUUUAUGAAUUCAGUUACUUUUGUGAACUAAGAAACGUAAAUAAUAAAAAAAUGAAAGAUACUUUACAUGUGCAAAAAUUCUACCCAUUGAAAAGAAAAAUACAGCAUCUAUUUUAUUUUCUAAUUUCAGCAAAUGAUUUCUCUCAUUUUUGUACUUCUUAAACUAAACAGUUUGUGUUUCUACAAAUUUAUACAGGAGACAGAAAUAAAUAAAAUGUGCACUGAAAUCUAGAAAGCAUUUCAUUUUAAAACAGAUAUGGUGGACAUGUUCUUAACUGCCUAAUCUAUUUGCCCCGUCAUUCCCUUCCAUACUUACAUUUCAUUUAUCAGUAUGGUUAUUUUAUUCAUUCAUGUUUGUUUGUUUGUUAAAGAUUUUCUGUUGCCUUUUUAUGCUUUAUUUUUUCUUAACAAAACACACGUACAUUAAACAUUGAAAUGAUAUUUUCUUUCUCUAUCAAAUAAAGUUUGAAAUUAAAAUUAAUUAAAUCCAUAAUCAGAAAUGUCGAAUAACUACAUCUGAAAACUAUUGAUCCUAAUAAAUAAUACUGAGAAGCUCGGUGAUAUGGAGCUUUUUAUUAUUUUAUUUUGAUCUUCACUAAUUAUCCCUAUAAAUUAUCUAUCGGCAAUAUGAAAAUUAAAGACUGAAAUGAUCGCUUAAAAGGUAUAUUCAUUAAAUUAUCUGAUCAAUUAAAGUUAUUAUAUUUCCAUCAAAGUUCUCAUCAACGUUUUCUCCAUCUUUCAACUGUCAUAGCGCCUACUGCCUUGUGUAUAUUUGUUAAUAUGUUUAUGUGAUCGUUUCUUUCAAAAUGUUCAGAAAAUUGUUUUUCACAUACGCUGAUAGUCACAACCUAAUAUAUAAUGGAUUAUAUAAUGGUGUCUCUUUUACAGUCAUGUUUUUUAAAGUAUAUAUAAAUGUAUAUGUAUGUAUAUGAUGUAAUCUAUCUACCAAUCAUCUUAUAGAUGACUUGCAUAUCGAUCCUCUUUAAAGGCUAAUUUAAAAUACCGAUCGAUAAUUAUGUGAAAACGUAAAUUGUAUGUAGUUAUCUUGCUAAAUGAACCGCCAGAAUAUUCUGUACUUUAAACAUAAAUAAUUAUCAAGAUAAUCUGUAUGGAUUCUAGACAACUGAUCGCUUUUUUCCGAUUCUCUGACCAAAAAAGAAAGAAAAAACAUUAUGAUGCUUGAAAAAUUUCUUUUGUAUCCUUCAUGAUAAAAUACUGCUUUGUAUUUCAUUUUUAAAAUAACCGAAAUGUGUUUCCCUCCCUCCCUCUCUUUGCAUGAAUGUGCCUGUUUCUUAUAAUCAGAAAUAUUAUUAUUGUCAUUCAUUCUGUUUUAAUAAGAUUUGAUUGUUGGAUCGAUAUUUUCAUUGAUAAUCCAUACAUUGUGAAAAUGCAAGCAAAUAAAAAUGGAGGGAAACAAAUAUUAUUGAUGAUGACAACCAUUCAUUUGUAUUUGCAUGCAAUAAAAGAAUACUCAUCAAUAUAAUUCAUCGUUUAUUGUAUGAUGUUCAUCCGUUCCUCUUCAAGGCAAUAAACUUUAUUAAUUAAGUUAAAAAUUAAUAAAUUGUUAUAUACAAAUAAAGCAAUUCAGUAGUACAGUCAUUAUAAUGGUAUCAGUCUUAUUUGUAAAUAACUUGAGCCUGAGGAUUUCAAUCAUGUCUAAUGUUAAAAAAUUAUCAACAUCAAGCUGUAUUGUCA